AUUCAGUCAUUCAGCCAUUCAGCCAUUCAGCCAUUGAGUACGCCAUGUGCUGGUGCGCACGUGUCUAUUGGACGGUUCUGCAGAAUCUGUUCGCGCGCCUCUUCAACAGCCUCACGGAUCGCAACUGCGCCAGUGGCUAUCGGCGGAGCUGCUGUGUCUGCUGCGGCAGCUACAGGCGCCAGCCCGGUGACAGCGACGGCGACGCCGACGUCGACAGCGACGCGGACAAACAAGUUUCAGAAUCGAUGGUUGAUGACGACCUGCGACGAGCAGCACCACACGAUUAUGUCAUAGUGGAUGAAGCCGAUGCCAACUAUGUGGAGAUCGAGCAGCGUCAGAUCGAAACCGAGCAAUAUUACUUCACCGUGGACCGCAGCAUGGCCGAGCGCAUGCUCUAUCAGCGAGAGGACGGCGCCUGCCUAGUGCGUCCAUUCAAGGCGACGGACGUGUGCAUCAAGUACAUCGUGAGCAUCUGGGCGGGCGGCCACUAUUAUCACCUGUUUGUGCGGCAAAUUGAUAUGCGCCAGAGAUUCGCCAUUGGCCAGUGGAAGCCGCACGAGCGCCACUUCAGCUCGCCCUGCGAGAUCAUUGAGUUCUAUGCGGAGCACCCGCUGCUCUGCACCAACAAGGAGCGCAGCCACAGCGUCCGACUGAAGCCCAUCACUUAUGCCUAGCCAAAAUAUCGACAUCUUAUGCUU